GACUGCCCUUUAGGCUCCGCCCCACGCUGGCGCCCCGCCUUACGUCAUCGCCCCGCGCCUCCACGCUUGCGCCCCGCUCACGUCAUCGCCCCGCGCCGCGGCCAGGAACCCGGCCGGCAUGGAGGAGGUGGGCCGGGUGGCGGUGCGUGACCCGGCGCGGCUGCCGGGGGGCUUCUGGGCGGCCGUGGCCGUGUGGCUGGAGCGGCCGCAGGUGGCCAACAAGCGGCUAUGCGGCGCGCGCCUGGAGGCCCGGCGGAGCGUGACUCUGGGCCGCGGCGCCGCGCCGGCCCCCGGCGCCGCCCGCGGCCCCGACCUCGAGCAGCUGUGGGACCGCUUCUCCCGGGGCCUCGCCGGCCGCCACCCGGCGCUCCGCGCCCUCCUCGCCGGCCCCGGGCCGCCCGCCGAGCUGCAGCUGCUCCUGCGCAGCGUCAUCCCCAAGGCCACCCCGCGCUCCCCGCUGGUCGCCCCGCGCCGGGAGAUGGUCGUACAGGAUGUCCUCGGAGGACGUGUGACUUUCUUGCCACUGGAGGCCGACGGGGGCUGCGAGGUUGAGCCCUGCAGUGUGUACCAGCUGCGGCUUCUGCAGGAGGGGGAGCAGUGGUUCAUAUCUGUUUUAAUUUUCUGUCCAGAAAAGUGGCCCUCAGAUGGGGUCGUAUGUCCCAGCCUGGCCUGGCUCGGAGGGGAGCUGCCGGCCAAGUUGGCGCGGUGGAGCGGCGAGAGCAAGAGCAGCUGUGGCAGGGGCACCCUGUGUCUGCUCCCCCUGGAGCCCUACAGCGGGACCUACCGGCGGCUGAAGGACAAGUACAGGGACCUGGUCAAGGUGUGGCCGGAAGUCACUGACCCCGAGAAGUUUGUCUAUGAGGAUGUGGCCAUUGCUACCUACCUCUUGGUCCUGUGGGAGGAGGAGCGCGCUGCACAGGGCCUGGACACCAAGCAGUCCUUCGUGGACCUGGGCUGCGGGAACGGGCUGCUGGUUCACAUCCUGAGCACCGAGGGGCACCCCGGCCGCGGCAUCGACGUGCGGAGAAGGAAGAUCUGGGACCUGUAUGGCCCGCACACACGCCUCGAGGAGGCCGCCAUCACACCGGGGGACGAGAUGCUCUUCCCAGACGCGGACUGGCUGAUCGGGAACCACUCGGACGAGCUCACGCCAUGGAUCCCCGUCAUCGCGGCCCGGUCCUCCUUCCGCUGCCACUUCUUCGUGCUCCCCUGCUGCUUCUUUGACUUCGCGGGCAGGUUCCAGCGGCGGCAGAGCCAGAGCACGCAGUAUCGGGAGUACCUGGACUUCGUGACGGAGGUGGGCACCGCCUGCGGCUUCCACGUGGAGGAAGACCGUCUGCGGAUCCCGUCCACCAAACGGGUGUGUCUCAUCGGGAGAUCCCGCACCUACCCGGCCUCCAGGGAGGCGGCCAUGGACGAGCAGAGGACCCGCUACAUCCGCAGCAGACAGGAAUGUCCCCCGGACCCUGGCCACCAGCAGGGGCCCGGCCGCUGGCUGCCCGCCUUCCGGCCGCGGGAGCAGGUGGAGCGCGUGCGGAACGGCGCCGCCCUGCCCCGGGAGCUCACUGAGCGCGUGGUGCUGCAGGUGGCCCGGCUCCUGCUGGCCCACGGGGACCCAGGAGCCGCCCUGAGCCAGACCCCGGCCUGGAAUCCCGGGGGGAGCCUGUCCUUGGCGGAAGUGGCCUGUGAGCUGGACGGGGAGACGCGAGGGCAGCUGCGGCGCGAGUGUGGGGGUUUGCAGACCCUCUUGCGGAACCACCACCAGGUGUUUGCAGUGCACAGCGGGCGAGUCCGCCUUCGCGACUGGAGGGAGGAGCCGCUGGCCGAGGAGGAGGAAGAGGAGGAAGGGAGCGUCCGAGGCAGCCAGCGCAGGCAGCGCUCCUCUGCCCGUAAGACCCGCCUCUGCUGGUUCUUCUCGCACCAUCCGGACGGCUGCGUGCUGCCCGCACCGCGCUGCCCCUUUGCCCACGGGCCCGCAGAGCUGCGGCCGGCUCGGGACCCCCGGAAGCAGCGACAGCGGCAGGAGGCCCCGUGAUGGGCGGUGCGAGCACUGCUGUGGGACAACUACAGGGUGUCCACUUGCCCUGCCCAGCGUGCCUGCCUGUCCUUGGGAAGCUGCCUGGGUGAUGGCCCUGCCCUCCUGUUUGUCCCUGGGACCCAGACGGCCUCUUGGGAAAACACGCCUGCUGAGCCCCCAGGGCUGCGCUCGCUGUCCGAGUCGUGUCCAGCGCUGUGCUGCAGGGGGCUGGGCCCUGGCCCUGUUUGUGAGGUCUUGCCCGGGAGGACCAGAGCCGGGGUCUGCACUGGUCCGCACAGGCGUGGUGGCCCGUGAAGCCGCAGGGCCCCCACUUGCUGCCCACAGGUCAUAGAGCACCUUGAGGUCGGAUGCCGCACGGCCCCUUUACAGCCAGCGAUGUGCCUGCCGUGUGGUGGGGUAGAGGGUGACCAGUGUCCUGGCCGGGCUGUCGAGACCCCAGUGGCAGCUGCGAAUAAACUUUC